CCCGCCAUCCCCCGCGGCGGGGGAAAGAUGGCGGCCGCCAUGGCGGCGGGGCUGGGCCGCAGGGCCCCGCGGCUCUGCUGCAAGGCUGCCGAGUCGCUGCUCCGGCCCGCGGCGCUGCCGCUGGUUGUGCCGGCCAGGAGCAGGAGGAAGGGCCCGCGGGUGCCCGAGUGGGCCCGGGAGCUGAGCGCUGAGGAGAGGCAGAGGCGGCUGAGCUCCGCGGCGCCGGUCUUCCCGGACGAGCGCAUGGAGCGCACCUUCUUCCUGGCGUGCACGGCUGAGAUCAUGGAUCCCUACGUGCCCCCCGAGGGCGACGCGCGCCUCAGCUCGCUCUCCAAGGACGGGGUGAAGCAGCAGAUGCAGAAGCUGAGGCAGACAGCGGCCUCCCAGCUGGCCCUGCGGAAGAUCAAGGAUCACGACCCGGAUUUCAGCACCAAAACCUUCCCUGAGAAAGCCCAGGAGAUAUUCAUUGAGGCCCACAACUCCCUGGCAAACUUCAACAAGCAGAAGCUUCACUCCCUGGUGACCGAGCGCUGCUACCCCGACAUGGUGCGAGGGAACAGGUACAAAACCAUCCGCUGGAGCUUUGUGGAGUCGCUGGAGCCCCCCAGGGUGGUGCACGUGCGCUGUGAGGGCGUCCUGAACCGCGGCAACCUCUACGGGCAGGUGACCGUGAGGAUGCACAGCCGCCAGGUGAGCCGGGCCCGGG